UGAUGCAACAACUAAUAUCCUUCCCAAAGCUGAUGUUAAAAUUGUUCUCAUGACAAAUUUAUUAACAUGCGUUCUUAGAAAGUGUAUUGAGACUGGUGAAACAAUGGAUAAUAUAACCGCUAAUAUAUUACAACGAGAUGAAAAAUCAUACAUGUUUAUUGAAAAUGCAACAAAGGUCUCAACAUCUAUCAACACAACAUAUUUAUCAAUUAACCAA